AUGCGACUUUGUGACACCGUAGUUUUCUCAGCGUCGCUCAGCGCGGCCGCCGGCUGGGCGCUUCCCCAUGUCUCCAUUUGGUCUUUUCAAUAUGGUUCCGAGUCCCAGAAUGUAGGCGCUGGCUUCGCUGCCCUCGGCGACUCCUACAGCGCCGGCAUCGGUACCGGCAUCGAUGGCAACGAAAACAACUGCCGGCAAGGCCAGCACGCCUACCCGCAACUGAUCUUCUCAGACCUAUCGUCUUCCCCGGGCAACGACAACAACGGCACAUCGUUUCAUUUCCUCUCCUGCACGGGCUCGACCACAGAGGACAUCCUAUCCGGACGCAGCGAUUCGCAAAUCGACCGCCUCAACACCUCGCUCCCGCUCGACUUUGUGCUCCUGUCCGUCGGCGGCAACGACCUAGGCUUCUUCGAAGUAAUGAACGCGUGUAUUUUCCGCUUUUACAAUUUUUAUUCGGGGACCUGCUCUACGGCCCUGCAACACGCCGUUGAUAGGCUGGGGAACACCGAUUUUGAAACGCGCAUGCAGGUUCUUAUCGAGGCGCUCCUUGACGCCGUGUAUUGGGAAAGGAAACCUUGGUUCAAGAUCACGGCUGUGGGGUACGCGCGCUUUUUCGACGAGAGCACGGAGGAAUGUGACGAGAUGAGUCUUGGUGUGUGGUGGAGGGGGCCGAAGCUCAAGAGGGAGUUGAGGAAGAGGAUGAAUCAACUGGUGCUUGCGGUCAAUAGGAAUCUCGAGAAUACGGUUAGGCUGGUGAACUCGAGGUACGCGACGGAUAAGGUACUAUUUGUGGAUUACGACGAGGCGUUUGAAGGAUAUCGAUUUUGCGAGCCCAGUGUAAAAGAGCCGGAUUAUGGGAGGCUGGAUACGUGGUUUUUUCUGGUUGGGGCCCCAGAUAACGCGAGGAACGGGACGAAGCGGGAUUUACAGGAACGCGACACUCUGGACCCGAGAUCGAGUCUGGUUGACCCGGCGUCGUGCCUUGACGCGGCCCAGAGAUCCGGAGACUGGGGCGAGAUGGCACUGUGUUACAUGGCCAUGUCCAAGGCAAAGGAUCCGACUCUACGGCUGGCUAACGGGGAUUUAGUCUCGGAGGAAGAUAUGUGGUAUGUGCCUACAUACUAUGGUAAGACUUUCCAUCCGAGGACUAGGGGGCAUGAGGCGAUCAGGGAUAAGGUGUAUGAGGCUUGGGCCAAAUUGGAACAAUGA